UCGUUCGGCAGACUAGGAUGCGAUUCACGAAACGAUAAUAAUAUUUUUAUAUUUUAAUAUACCCGACACGAUCUGCAAUUACAUACAUCGCGAACGGUUUUCAAUGCGGUUCACGUGCAAUCAGAAAAUUUAGCGUUCGAGUAUUGGCGGCGCACACGACAAUUCUAUGCGUCCAACUGCAAAUAACUGACAAUUUGUUGUACUUCAUUUCGUGACUAUCGGUUACAAUAGCUAUAUAUUGCAUAUAGUGUGACUUUGGUCUAUAAUACCAAUACGUAUAUUGUUAACUCAUCGACAUGACGUACUCCCCGUUGACGCCGUUCAGUGAAUACCUGCAAAUAGAGCAGAGCAAAUAUCCGGAGCUCACGUUUGACGAUAUUCAGAAGUUAAAGGAGAGCUUAGAGGACGAUCAGACUUUGCCACCUAUAUCGGACAAAAAAUAUUUAGCAUUUCUUCACAGCUGUAAUUUUGAUAUAGAAUUAGCCAAAAAGACCAUUAAGAGAUGUUACCAGUUUCACUUCAGAAUUCCACAAGUGUUUUGUGAAUUGGACCCAUUAGCCGAUGAUAUAGAAUUAAGUUAUAAUUGCUUGAGCAUCUGUCAAAUGCCGACUGUCAACACUGACAAAAAUGAUCGAGUGCUAUUUAUGAUGUUUCAAGAUACCAAUCACGAGUUAUUCGAAUACUUAUCACUUUUCAAAUACCUCACUAUGUGGAUGAACUAUACGCUAUUGAAGUACGGUACGUGCGACGGAAUGGUUAUCGUAAUAGAUACCAAGGGGCUAAGUUGGCGUCACAUCGUAAAAAUACCAAUUGGAAUUGCUGGUAAAAUGUUGAAAUUCUUGGAAGUUGGUCUACCAGUUCGUUUAAAAGCCGUACAUGUUUUGAAUGCUGGAUCGGCUACGCAGAUGAUAAUGAAAAUGGUUACACGAUUUGCUAAUCAAGAGUUAUUAGAAAAGAUAAUACUUCAUCCAGUCGGUUCAGAUGAUAUUUUCAAUUAUAUAUCAAGAAAUGAAUUGCCAGAAGAAGUAGGAGGAUCAGGAAAAUCGCAUACUUUCUUCAACGAUGAACUUUACAAUGACUUGAUAGAUAUUCGUGAUGUUUUUCUUGAGCAGAAUGAAGUACUGACUAACCAAAUGGCGUAUGUGAAUCAACAACUUGAUCAAAAUGACGAAUAAAUUACCAAUAUAAUAAUAUUUUAAGAAAAAAACGAAACACAUUUUAGUGCAAUGGAUCAAAUAAUUCAAAUCAUUAUAAUAAUAAUAUGGAAGUUGCUAUUUAGUGAAAUUGUAUUAUAAUUAAUUGUAGGUUGUGAUAAUUAUUUUUAGAUUAUCGGUUUUUAUCGAUAGGCAACUUAAUAUAGUUUAGAGUGAAUUAGGUAGACGAAUAACAAUAAUUUAAUUAAAAAGUUGUGUUUGUCGUAAGAUUGUAUACUUGAUUACAAAUUAAAAGCUUAUAGCAGUUAUAACGUUGUUGAUUAAUGAUUUAGAUGAUAUUUUAAAAUUAUUAUUUUGUACCUCAGUAAUUUUUAAUAUGAGUACCUACCUUUUUUUAAUUUUUUACUUAGAUAAACUUGAAAUAUUUUAAAAACACAUAAAACUUUCCUAAUCAGAUUGCUUCUUCUAAAAGUUAAAGACUAACGUAAUACGUCAUUUAUAAUUCAUACAAAAUAAAAAAUGUAUACAAAAUUGAAAAUAGUACAUACGUAUCUACUCCGUAUUCCUAAAUAAUAAUAAAAUUAAAAACUAAAUAAUAUAUUGUAUUGUAUUUUAUACUAUUUAAUAAACAAUAAUGAAAAAUACUCAUUAUAAAGUCGCAAAUAAUAUAUUUUAUAAUAUAAGGAUUUUUAAAACUAGUUGUAAAUAACCUAAUUUAUUAUACUAAUCAGACUACGAUUCUAUACUAUUUAUUACAUUACACUUUUUUUAUUUAUUGUUUAUUCAGUAUAAAUGAUGGAACAGCAUUAUUUGACAUAUGCAAUAACUUUUGUUCUAUUCAAUGUAUUGCAUUUUAUUAUUAUUUUAAUGAAUUAAACAAUUUUAACACUGUUUUUAUUCAAAUAUAUUUUUUUUUUUUUAUAAACGGUACAAGGUUUGUAAAGAGCGGUACAUUCAUUAACCCGGCACUGAGUAUAAUAUUAUAAAAAUACAAAUUUAAUAUUUAAAAAAUGUUUAUAUGCUUAUGAGUUAUCAUAAUGUUAUGGCUAUAAUUUAUAAGUGAAAAUAUAAUCAAUAAGUAUUUUUUCA